ACAAAGGGCACGAUGUGAAGUUAGACCACCAGCGCUGGCCGGCCUACACAGGAGAAACAAGCAGUCACUAAAGAGCAGGAGGAGCGCAUAUUUCCACAAACAAUAAAUCACUCCUGAAGAAGAAAAACCUUUAUCUUAUCUCUCUAUUUAGCUAUCAUGAACAUUUAUCAUUUCACGACUUGGUUAAAGAUAACUGUGUCUUGAAAGCACAAUAGAAUAAGUAAAAAAAAAAAAGAAAAGCUUUUUUAUAAAUAGUUAUCUAAUAAUAACACAUUUUUACCAGAAAAAUCCAACCCAUCGACUUUUUGUUUGCAACUACAUCACUGGAUAUUAUGUAUCAGCCCUUUGUCUUUUAUUGAAUAACUUGGACUUGUGACCUUUUUAAGGCCAUUGGUAUGAAUAUAUGGAAAAUAUUUGUCUUUGAGUAAUUCGUUCCAUUAAGAUGGUCACAGAUUUGUGUCUGGGAGGCUUUUUUGAAUCACUGUCGUUUUCUGGUGGGUGCACAGUGUCUGCUACUUAGAGAGGGAGUGGGAGUGGGUGCACUCCUCUGUCAUGAGGUUAACAUGUGGUUCAAUCAACAAAGUGAUGAAGUCCUCUUUGGAUGCAGAAGUAAACGGGUGGCUGACUCAUUUCACCAGCAGCAAUAGUCUGACAGUGACAAAGCAGUCCAGGAGAAAUUCCCCCGAUGACACAGGAUAUAGUUUAACUGUCACCAGUUAUAUACUAUUUCUCAUUUUGUUGGUCAGCGGUGAUGGAUGAAAAGAGGCAUAAAUGCAAAACGAUUUUGUGGUGGAGUAUUGUGAAAGUGAAAUAGUUGUGGUUAGUGAUGCGAUGACUCACAGGGAACACGUUGGCUAUGAUGUGUUUUGCUCUUCUUACUGGAAAAAAGAUGUCGACUUUUGCUUAUUGACUCUGGAAGCAAGGGAUUUUAUACACAGCUGAACAUGCCAAACUGAGUGUAUACAGGCAAUAACAGAUGAAUGUGUGAACAGGCCUGUGGUGCAUCCAUCCAAAGUGACUCCCUGACAGUUAUAUAGAGUCUGACUGCCCACUCUGCCACCCACAAUGAUUUGCAUCCUGCUUUUCUGUCAGAAUGACUGGAUCUCAGUCCUGCUGCUCUCGCCUCAAUAUGGUCAGAGGUGUGGCAAGUGUAGAGUUUACUCAUUUAUUUAUUUUGUGGGACUGUGUUAUUGGGAUUUCCUUGUUGGGGCUGACUUGCUGAUUCAAAGAUCUUUUUCCUUGGCAACUUCCUGAUUCCACUGUGACUCAAAUUACAUGUUGGCAGCAAUACAAACAAACACGUUAUGGGUCUGCAACAUUCAAAAUGCAUGCUUUGCUGUCACAUCUCGGCUGUUCUUGUGCCAGUGCCUCAGCUAGUUGUUUUGAAAGAGAAGCAUGCAAUCUGGAUCAAACAAGAACUGGGUGAUUGUGAACAUUAUUCUAAACAGAGGAGCCUUGCUUUGUUUUGGUAUGUCUCAUUUGGAGAUGAGAGAUGUCAUGUAAUAUAUGCUCUUUUUCUUGGAAGCAGAAUAUCAAUAUUUCUCCUAUUAUCCACAUAUUAUUGGUAUUAAAAGGGAGGACAGGCAGGUCCUUAUUUUUUUGCAUUCUUGUCAUUUCUUUGAAUCCCAGCGUCCCUAAUCUUUGCUCAGAUAUUCGGCGAGUUCUCCUCCCUUUCCGCGGAAAAGUUCCGGUGGUCAUGCCAACCAUUUCCAAGGUUCUCUGUACUUUUCCUUCCUCUCCGCGAAACAACGGGAUUUUCCAGGAAACGUCAGAUCGGGAGGGUGUGAUUCCCUGCCGCUGGUCGUCGCUUUUACCAGUAAACAGCAUGACUCACUGCUCAGCUAUGCUCUCCAUUUCCUUCACAUAAUAUCCCACCAAAUGUGCUGCGCUGGAGAAAGAGCAGAGUGCAGUGCGCCCCAUGCAGUCUGUAGAAAAACCUCUCCACCUCCCUGAGAAAAAUGCAAGAAAAGCAAGAGCUUUCACAGAGAAGCGUAUCUGGCUGUCAAGGGCAGCGACAAGUCUACCUUCUGCUUAACCUUUACCUAAAGUGAAACAAAUAGAAAAGAAAAACAGAGAGUCCAGACAAGCCAACUCUGCAUUUAUCACAAGAGCAUGAGCGCAUAAGUCUUUGAUAUGCUGUUUAUUUUAGGAGAAGGCUGGGCCCCUCAGUUACCUGCUGUAACUGGAGCAUUGCCUUGAACUUGACCAGAUGCCUGACAUUAAAAACAUAAAGAUGUGGCAUCAGUGAACAAAUGGUACAAAAGUUUUGUACAAAUGGCACAAAACUGACUUUGUCGACUUGUGCCAUGUAGAAUUCAGUCUUCUCUUGGUUCUGUGUUUUUCAAGACUUAUGAAAAAAUACCUUGAAAUGAUCAAAAAUAGCCCUGAAAGAGUCAGUUCAUCAAAGCAAUGUGUACACCCACUGUAGCAGGUUAACCAGAAAACAUUCUGCUUUCCACAAAUGGGACACCAGCUUAAUAACAACCAUGAAAUGUGUGUAAAGUGUUUGUAAUUGACAGUUAGUUAGUCACAGAGUUACUCUCAUUUCAUUCCUCGUGUUUCUUAUCUGCAUCUUUGUGACAGUUUAUUAGUCAAGCUUUGUUAUAAAUGAGUUAUUGCAUUGUUGCUGAGUAAGUAGUACAUGUUUGAGCAAUGAAACAUUAUCUGCUGUAUGAGAAUAGUAAUAAAGUAAAAUGAAAGAUUUUGUUGACAAUGUCUCUUACAAAGAAAAGUGUUUGGACUCCCGACUUCCACACGUGUGCACACAGGCUGUGUUUGAUUUGUUUGGGCAAGUGAAAGACGUGAGACACUUCUGAAUUCCAGACAUUUUGUGAAUUUUGUUGCCGCUGUUUUACAAGUGGGAUCAUAUGAACUCCACCCCCAUAGCUGAGUGCAUCGCAGGACAUAUUCAGACUGCAUGUUCCCUCUCCAGUGAAGAUUUGCAUGUGUGCAUGUGAGGGUUUGCACAUGUGUGUUCACUCAGGAAUGUGGUUUUGUUCUCUACCCGCCAUCUGUGGCUUUUCUUUGAGGUAUUUUCCCAGACUCCCUUACUUAGUGUUGUGAAAAACCUAAUAGGAGCUGGUUCUUAACUACACUGAGAGGCCAUAAUUUGUUGUGAAAUAUGCCUGUCACGUCUGUGUGGCAAAAUAACAAAGGGUGGAUUCGGCAUAAUGUAAUAAAAUUGCUGUUUUUCCUCUUAAGAAACUUGGGCAUCUUGAUUGGGAAAACCUUGUCCCUCUGCUGGUUGCAAAAACAUAAGCACAUGCCUAAAGAAUUUCAAGGAAACAAUCUGGACUCUUGGUUCAAGCUGGAGGCCUCUUGUAUAAAGAGAGGGAGGCCCCACACCACUUUUCCAUGAUCUUUGCAAGGAAUAUACCAAGGGACCCCCGCUGACGCAAUACCACUCAAAUUAGGCGUUUUAGGCCAACUUGCUGUCGAGGAAUGUUACAUAUUAGCUCUUCAUCUUUAUUUGAUGCCUCUGAAAUCACAGUUAUGCAAUUCUUUACUCCCCGUAUUGCAAAAUGAAUGAAGGACAUCAGAGACCGUAAACAGGAGUUUGUGUGGUACUGGGUUUAGCUGUUUGGUGUAUUUGUCGUCUGUUUCUUCAUUUUUUUUUUUUUUUUUUUUCCAAGUGAGGAUUCUUUGAGGUUCAUCUGUUUUUGACAAAAACACCAAAAUGCAUUCUGUAGACUGUGAUGUUGAAUUUAAUCCAUUAUAAGAACAAUGACCAUGUUUGGUUUCCAUUAAAGACAAAAGGGAGCACAAUUAUUUUCACUCAGCAUCAGCAAAUCAACAAUUGCCUGUAUUAGUAAUAUUUAUGCCCGUAGAAUGCGAAAAAAAGAUAAACAUCUCGAAAAGAACAACCACACCCAGAUUAUUUUCCUCUCUGAAAGCUGCAGCUAACAGAACUGCAAAGAAUAUUUGCCCUCUUACUGAGGUAUCACUUAUCGCAAGCUCACUUAAAUUGUUUAGUUGGCAGAAAUUUGUGUCAGCACUGUGGGCUAAAUAUAUCCACCAGAGUUAAAUAAGGGCAUAGAGCAGCUCAGGAAAGCCCAGUGUAAGAGGAUCCAACCAGCGAGACACAGCCCUAAAUCGAUAGAGUACAUUGUCUCAUAGCAAAAAUACACCAGUGACUAUAAAGGAAACUAUUUCUCUGUGACACUCUAUCUUCAGGAAUGUUCCACAUGCGUAUCUGCUGCCCUGUAAAGUUCAGCAUAACUGUAAAUGUUAUGCUGAUGUGAUGGUCUGUUUUAAUGUCUGUGAUUAGGAGGCAGAGUGGUGUGGACUGACUGAAAGAAAAAAAAAUCAUGAGACUGCAUGAAGGGGAAGCAACAGGAUAAAGAGGAAGAUCAUUACCAAAUUGAGGAAUUUUGUACAUGAGUUGCAUUUAAGUUACCGGCACAAGUUAGCUGGGGUAUGUGCCUCUUAUUUGUACUAUGUAUAGGCUCUGUUGCGGUUAUGAAUGAGCCUUGUUUACCCUUUUGGUGACCAUGUGACUCACACUCCCACGCCCAUUUGCAGGGCGUUUCCAUGGCAGCAGUCGAGCAUGGAACAGUGCACUAGUCAGCCUGGUCUGCAGGUCCUGAAAUGGAGCCUUGGGGGAUGUGUGCCUCUCACAGGAUCACAGCUCAGCGCUCUUCGCUUUUUUUGGCCAUGGCAGCAGUCUGGAAAGCAUGUGCUUCACUGUAAUGAGCGUAGGGAGGCUUUUUCUAAAAACUGCCCUGGCAAAAAUCGCCUAGGCAGAGAGCUCAAAUGCAAAGUUCUAAGAAGAGAGGGAGAGAGGUUGCCUGUUUCUAAUCUCGCCUGGUCUAGUGAACUACAUUGCCAGGGCCCUCCUCCUGUUCACGAGUAAACAUAUAGGUGCUCCCCAAUGCUGGUGUUUAAUGGGGUCAUGCUGCCCUCUGCUGGCAUCUGUGGCACUAACACAAAUAUUGACACAUGACGUCACUGUGGAAUGUUGUUGUGACGUCUGUACAGUGAAUUUAUAGGGGUGAGUGCCAAUAUAGAUGUCAUUUUAGCUCCCAUAGCACACCCAGUGCCUACACUACACAGUAAUAUGCAGAGGUGGAAGAGGUAUUCACAUCUGUUACUUAGGUAAAGGCAUCAAUACAAGAAUUUAAAAAUACUGCAUUUGUGUCUUCUGCGAGAUUCUGGCCGGUUGUCUGCAUGCAGGGAAUGACGACUAAUUUCAAGACGAGCAAAGCUUUAAAGGUCAAGAAGGAGGCGGGCGAGAAUGCCCCGGCGCUCAGCGAUGAUGAGCUGGUGGCAAUGUCUGUGCGGGAGCUCAACCAGCACCUGCGUGGGCUGACCAAGGAGGACGUCGUGCGGUUGAAGCAACGGCGACGGACCCUGAAAAACCGGGGCUACGCCGCCAGCUGCCGCAUCAAACGCGUCACCCAGAAGGAGGAGCUGGAGAGACAAAAGACAGAGCUGCAGCAGGAGGUGGACAAGCUGGCCCGCGAGAAUGCCAGCAUGAGGUUGGAAUUGGAUGCCCUCCGAGCCAAGUAUGAGGCCCUGCAGUGUUUUGCCCGGACUGUGACCCGCGGGCCCCUCUCGCCGGGAAAGGUGGCCACCACCAGCGUCAUCACCAUUGUCAAGUCCGCCAACCACAACAACUCCAGCCCAACCCCGUUUUCAGCUCCCUCCUAGUGUUGACAGGACUGGGCUCUCCUUCUCCUGCCUGGUCCUUCCCGGUUCUGACCCAGCCUGAACCCACUCAUCCUGUACUGAGAGGAAGCUCAGUAGUUAGACUGGGGGAUGGAAUGGGGUGGCAAGCUCUAUGUGAUGUUAUGCUGCAUUCACAACUCUGUCUCCCUCCUUCUGUCUCUAUCACACAAUCUACAUUGUCUGUGCACUGUGCAAACCUGGCUCCCCGACCCCCAGCACCGGCAGGGUAUUGGGCCUCUGUGACCUCCAUGACUGAUUAGCAGAGAUUUGCUUUUACUCCAGUGUGGAAAAAAGUAUUUGACAUGCCUCACUGUGGCAGCACUGGCCUGGGACAGCUCUUAUGCUUAACGCUAUUAAGCAUAAAACACGAGAGAUUUAAGUAGUACGUAUGUGACAGUAAAGCUAUCUGUAAAGCCGAUGCCAAAUCCCAUUUUCUUUCUGUAAAAGUACAUAUUUACAAGUGUCUCAAUGUAAAUUGAGCCUUUGAAACUGUUGCCUUAAAAGGAUCUAUGAGUGAUCCAUCAAAAUGAUUUUCUAAUCCUCAGAUGCGGUUUAACACAUUGAGGUGUUAUCUUUCCAGUUUUGAGGUCAGGUGGACACCUCUUCACAGCCACAGUCACCAGUGGUCCCUAACCAGAUGCCUUUAAGUGCCAGCCAAACACAACACCAGAUGUUUUCACUGAUAAGUUUCUUUUUUGGAAGGUCUGAACAGUAAAAAUCACCUGGUGUGGUGUUUGGUUGGAGUGAAAACCUGCAUACAUGUAGCUCUCUUUGGCCGUUUGUGAUGCAGUGUACUAUGCAGUUGAUAACUGACCCAUUUUUCGCUAAAAGGCUCCACUAGUGACAUGCUAUUGUUUAUAUUUCAGUCUUGGUUAUGGAAAGAUUUACUUGGUGUGUCAAAAUGUCAAAUAGAGUAUUUGCCAGUGAACAGCAGUCAGUACACUCAGUAAUGACUUCUAUACAUACAAUGAUUGUGGCCUAAUUUGGUAGUUUUGAAGUAACAUUUUCAAUUUGUGUUUGAAAACUUUAAAGCCUCCAUUAGACCUGAAGUCUUUGCUGGAAUAUAUUGACUCCCCUUCUAAAAUACUAUUAAGGAGGAUAGUUUGUGCCUUUUUCUCUUCUAUUGGCAACUGCACAAAUAUAAAUCUACCUAGUCUUUGUGUCAGGUGGAUCAGUUUUUUUUUAAAAAAAAGGCAUUUCCACGGCAUCUUAACGUUUUAUGUCAUGAUAGCUUAUCCAUUGAAAGCUUGACUUGUGUAAGUAUUUGGGCAGAAAAGCUGUUCAGUUUGUCAGGUGGUGCUGAAAAGCGUUUGUCUAAAAAAAACUUAUUUCAGUCCCUUUUUUGUAGUUAUCCAUGUUGUUGAUGACAUAGGAAGCAGUUGGGAAUAUGUUGCUAUCUUUGUAGUCCCUUUUGACUCAACAAAUUAUUCAAAUUUCUAUUUCAGAAAUUUCAAAAUACAAAACUAUACUUAGACUUGAAUUGGUACACUACAAUUUGAGCUCGGAAGGUUUUGAGCCAGAUUCGUUUGGCUUCAGUUGUAAUAUUGCCCAGUGUCUCUCAUUAUAUAGCACUUAUGGGGAAACUGUAAAUUUACAGUAUAAAAGAAAAAAGAUACAGUAAGAAUUCACAGGGCUAACAGAAGCUAUUGUUGCAUUUCUGAAGUUACUUGGGCUUAAUUGCACGAUGAUUGAGUGUGGUGUGACCACUUACUGCAAGGUCAAGCUUAAUGUAACUAAGUAUGGCACACUUUCUGAUAUGUAUACCGCAGCACUUAUUGGGUUAUGUUUUGCCUCUUUCUUUUAUAUAUGCCACUCUUUGGUAGGUAAUCCAUAUUGGAUAUAGUGAAAAUGAGAGAGGUCCUUACAAGUGAAAUGCAAUUCAGCUUACUUCCUGUAUAUUACAGACUCGGUUUUCACUUUUAUCAUGAGAGAAGAAAUGUUAAAGCUCCCACUGCCUCCUCCGUUGUCACUUUACAUUGAGAACUCCGUCCAAA